CAAACCGAGAUAUAUUUAGUCACUCAAAAUAUAUGCCCUAUCCAAAUGACUGCCAACAAACCGCUUUCGUCGAGGCAUCGCGUGGAUAUGGCCACUUUAUUCGAUGUUUUUUGUGAAGUUGGUGUUAAUGAACAGGAUGGUCUUGCUGUUAUAUUGACCAAGUAUCCAGAAGAUUACAAUGAUGAGACAGCCCUGAAAAGCGUACGGCAGUUUAGCUUUCCAUGUGGCCUCAAAGAGGUUGAUUCUGAAGCUGUACAACUUUUUUCCUUCGUUCUAACAGACUCACAAUCCCGGUAUACCUUCGGUUUCUGCCGCUUUACGCCAAGAAAUAAUACUUGUAUCUGCAUAUUAAGCGGGUUCUCAUGGCCAGGUGUUUUCUAUAAGAUUCUCAAUCAUGUUUCGUUGAUUAUGAAUAAAGGGACGCAAGAUGAUCUGGAUGCUAUUCUUACCAGAAUUUACCAUACAGACAUUCCUAAUACUGGAGAUGUGUUGCAGUUUUCUUGCCACAAUGGCAUGCAUAAACUUGAAGUAAAGGUGCCUGAUGUCACUAAGUUGCCUACACUGUCUGAAGAUAAAUUCAUGUUAGAGUUUUACAAUGCUGUAUCUCCACGGCAAAUGCUGGCGAUUUACGCUAGUUUGCUGAAAGAGCGACGGAUCAUCUUCACAGGAAGAAAAUUGAGUCAACUGAGUUCAUGCAUUCAUGCCGCAUCGACUUUGCUGUAUCCAAUGUUUUGGCAAUCUGUCUUCAUACCCGUUCUGCCUGAAAGUUUGCUGGACAUGGUUAUGGCUCCAAUGCCAUUUCUGAUCGGCGUUCCAAAACAGAUCAUGAAGGCGAAUACACAAAAAGAGCUGGGAGAGGUGGUCGUUGUUGAUCUUGAGGACAGAACGCUCCAAAGUGCCCACAAUGACGUAGCAGAAAUCCCUAAUGAGGUGAUUAUGUAUCUUAAAAACCAACUGAAGCAUUCGUCCGAUAUGGGCGAUUCAAUGUCUAGAACAUUUUUGCGAGCAAACGUGCUUCUUUUUGGUGGAUAUCGUAUGGGAUUUGUCAGGAGCGAAUCAACUGGGGUUGUUCACUGGGACAAGGAGAAAUUUGUUCGGGAACAAAAACCGUCUUUUCAGCCUUUCCUUUCGUCUCUUAUCGGUGCUGAUGGAGUCCAGUAUCUCGAACGGUUUAUUGAAGAGCGUUGUCGUUCUUUGAAUAGCGGUUUGCCGAUAUCGGAUGAGUUUGAAAGAGAGAUUGCCAACGCAGACAAGUUAAAAGUGCAGGCUGUAAAUCCAGAAGCUAUACAGCAGGCAAUGCAAAGUGUCAAGGAAAACGCCACUGAUGUGUUCGGGGCCUUGAAGGACAAAAUGACAGGCAUACAGAUUGGCGCUAAGUUGAACAAACUUACACCUAAAGAGAUUCGCAAAACAAGAAAUUGGACUUUGAAGAAAUCGACGAAGAAAUCAGGAUUUGAGCCUAUGUCAUUUGAGAACAUGCAGUGGGGCGAAUCAACUUCAAGGGAUGAUCUGCCAAAUCCAAGUCUAGGCGAAACGAGUGGUUACGAGGCGGACAGUGACUCUUCUCGUGAGCCUUCCCCUUCGCACGAGCACUCAUGCCGAGAUGUGCCUGUUGCCAACCUGAUUGACUUGGAUACUCCCAUUGAGAAUCCGUCACCGUUUGCUACUUACCUUAACGAUGGUCCUAUCGCUGCUUCAUCCACAGAUUUCCCAGCGGCAACUCCGUCCACGGGUUUCUCUGUGGCGCACAGUUCUAAUCAGACCAAUGCUUUUCCCUAUAUCUCGCCGCUUCCGCUGAGGACAACUACCACCGCAGAAGACUUGGAUCUUACAACUAGUUUCGAGACAAAUAUCUCAGCCGUUAGAGCACUACCUGAGUUGCCGCUUGGGCGUGUCCUAAUUUGCCUGGACGCUGCCUUUCACAUGGUGAAAGGCGUUGCGAGAAACGAACCAACUUGGAGAUUGUAUUCGACUGAUACGCCAUCGUACAGUCGAGUAGAUUUCCUGCUUAAUAUAGUGUCCCUGCAGACGCGACAACGCUGA